CGAAGUGGCAGAUCGACUCCGCCUGCGUUCUCAUGCGGUGUCGACUGUCUCCCGGACGCAUUGCAAAGUCGAGCAGCUCUCACGGUCCUCUUUGCUCGCGCUGCUUCCUCUCUGCCGCCCUGCAUUGUGGAAACUCAGACUGCAAAAGAUGCGUCAGCCUCAGACCACCGGCAUGAGAUGGCCGCAAAAUUUGGACAUGAUUGCUGCCGGUCUGGGGGCGCUGCCACAGAAUUUCGAAUCGGUCAAUCUAUUAGCUAUCGAACAGAACCAAUGCCGCAUCAGGAAAUCCUACUUGAUGAUGCUAUCGACAUGCCGCCACGUUUGAUGCCUCUCCAGUGCCGUCAAGGCGGCAAUCUGCAAGUUGGUCAGCGCGAUGGCAUUUCUGAGGCCAGAGAGAUAGGAUCAAAGCUCAUUGCAGGCGCCAUCCGGACCAAAGGCGAUUUACUAGCCCUUCCGCGAAAUUGGUCUCGAGCAAGAAAAUGGUCAGCAACGAUAGUUGUGAGACAGUCGGCGUGGCGCAUGUGGCACCUGCCCUGGGAUACAUCUCGAAGGAUCUUGGCAUCCACUCCGGAAUACAGCGAGGCGCUAUCAUUGCCGUGUACAUUGCGAGCUUCACGAUAGCACAUCUCAUACAUUCGCCAAUCAGCGAAGCAUGGGGACGUCGGCCUGUCCUUGUCUCCUUUUUCAAUUCGCUCUGCGCCAUCGCGACAGACACCCGCACGCUGCUAGCCUUUCGUUUUCUCAGCGGCGUAGGUACAUGUGCUUCUUUGGGCACAGGUGGAGCUGUGUUGGUCGAUCUCUGGCAUGGCGACGAUAGGGCUCUCGCACUGUCCAUAUUCAGCAUUGCUCCUCAGCUUGGUCCGCUUGUGGGACCCAUCAUGGGCGGCUACAUGACGCAGCAGCUUGGCAGUAGUUGGCGUCUAGAGCUAGGACUCACUUCUGCAGCAAUCGCGGUUGCACUAGGGGCGACAGUCCUGCGGGUCCCAGAGACUCUUGCUGCUCGAAUUCCACACCUGCGUGCAGGCGAAGUUCGAACACAGCAAGGUGUCAAGGCUUUGUACGCGGCAUCUCAGCAAACUCAAAGGUCCGCACCUCCAUUUGCUGCCGAGGUGGUGCUGAGACCCAUCAUCCUCUUGGGCUGCGAGCCUGCAAUACAGCUUGCGGCCACUCGUCUAGGGGUGUGCUUCUCAGUCUUUUACUUGAUGGCGACUACAUUUCCAGCGGUCUACGGCACAUGCUACGAGGAAAGGCUCGGUGUAGCGUCUUUGCACUACAUCGCACUUUUUGUAGGAACAAUGAUCGGUGCGGUCUUGAGCUCUAGAUCCUUGCAUUUAAGCCGUGGGUGUGCUCCAGAGAGCAAGUUUCGGCCACUUAUGUGGUUUGGCUGCUUCCCGACUUGUGGUGUUCUGCUGUACGGCUGGUCUGCCUGCAAUGGAUUACACUGGCUGCUGGCCGAUGUGGGAGUCACCGUCUUCGCGUGCGGCCUUGCCGCAUCAGUCGUUAUCGUACAAAGCUAUCUUGCGGAGUGCUACAGCUCGCUCGCAGCCUCAGCGCUAAGCGCUUCUGUCCUGACACGCUCCCUGUUAGGCUUUGCAGCUCCCCUGCUCGGGGAAACCUUGUAUCACCACCUCGGUCUCGGAUGGGGAAAUACGCUGCUCGCUGUUUCUGCUGGGCUUGUUGGCGUACCUUUGCCCUUCAUCAUGCUACGCCACGGUCAAGCAUUUCGCCUUGCCAGUAGAUAUGCUACCAAGUCAAGAGACAUAGAAAGCGAGCCUUGCGUGUAAUCCUUGUAGAAUCGCGUCGAAGAAAUCUCGCCCUGGCUUUCGUCGCCCAGAAGACGCGUUCACAUGCUCACACCAGGAAGCUUUGCCAGAUUCGAAGCAUCGAUACGAUGGACUCGACAGCAGUAAUGGUGGCCUUGGCUUGUCGCCUG